AACGCAAAUUCGCCCUACCACAGAAUCGGAUCAUGCCCAUGCGGGCUUCGGACUAGCCGCCACUGGUCGCAGCGAUCAGCUCAGGUCUUGGCCCGAGAAGGGGUCUGCGUUUUAAAUCCUUUUCCCUCUGGGCUCGAACUAACUCUUCUGCCCCUCCUGCGGUUCAGGUCCCUCCCUGCAGACGUCCUACAAGGGCCUCCUCUCCUCGAAGCCGGCCUGAUCGCAGAGUUCCCCGAGCGGCGGGCUUCGGCCAGCUUCUGCCCGAACUCUCUUCCCUUCCAGCAGCUCCGAAGACUGCAGCAAUCUCCGAGCUGACAGAACCCCAUUGGAAGUCCCGUAAGAGUGAAUCUCCCCGCGCAACAGCUGCUCGCAUUCCGAUCUCUGUGACCAUAAAGGCUCACGGAGUGAGAAGGCAAACGGAGCAGUCCCCCGUUUGUUUGUCCAGCUCGAGUUCCUUCCUCCUCGGCCAGCCAGCGUAAUUGAAGAACUUCAGCAGCCGCCAUGUACGAGUCUCCUCUCUUUCUGACCGUCUGCUGGAUCGUGAAAGUGUUCGUGUCCGUCCAUGCCUUCGCAAUCCAGGAAGAGUUCCAGGAGUUCUAUCGACGCCUGUACCGUCCCGUGCUGGGUUGCUUCCGAUGCUUUUGAGAGCCAGGCCUCGAGAGCCAGAGGCCAAGCACCCGACUCCAGGAUCAUCAGUACAAUCCCAGAUGGCGACCGCUCGCAUUUCAGCUCCCUACGCUUUCGAGAUCGGCUGGUUUCCGAGCGCUCGUCUCUCAUCAUCCGCCUGCCCGUGUGAACUUCUCCUCGUGCAACGACGGCGUGUAAUCUGCAGGCGAGCUUACAUCCACACCCAGCCGAUUUUCUCGAGGGUUGCACCGACGAUGGCACCUUCACAUUCGCUUCCGGAUCAUCGAGAGUGAGCAGAGCAGACGGUGGGGCCGUGCGCUGCUCUGGCAGUGCCGAUACUCGACUCGACUGUUUUGUUCGAGCGUUGUCUGGAGUCCAGAGUUGCUUACUGCACACGAGGUCGAAGCCUCGAUCGUGAGAUCAUGAACACAAGCUUGUCGGAAGUAGCUUCCUGAUGCAGAUCGGCAGACAUUCCAGUACCUAACUUCAUAAUCUUAUACACGCACGAAGCGCAGUGGAGCUUGUCGUGAAGAGGGAGGGAGAGAGAUACAAACCUCGACAUUGAUCAUCGGAAUUCGACGUGAGCAUCAGGCACCUUCUUACAUUCUAGAAAUUGUUGAACAGAACUCUAACGCCAUCAACGAGGCAAAGCGUAAAAUCUAGGUUGCAGGAUGCAUCAUAUCGUACACUCAACGAUUAGACUUGAAUGUGCAAGCCUUAUACUUGACUGAGUAUCGGAACGACCUUAUCAAAUCGUGCACUUCCAUCGUACAUAUUUUUGCAAUUUGUGUUAUAUCGAUUGGAAAGGACCCCCUUUUCUCGACGCUUGCCCACGUCCGUGAAAUACAUCUGUAUGCUAUUUGUUCAGUGCAAUGCCUUGAAUGAAGGUCAGGCGAUGUAAUUGUGAGCGCCGGCAAAAGCCACCCCCUCUCUGUAAUGUCUAUAAUUUUUUCAAUUUGAGGUUGCAAUUCAGAGGC